AUGGGUCAGAUCUACAGUGGUGCUGUCUCAGUUGCCAUUUGGAUAGGGCCAGAGUACGAGCAGAGUGCCUUGGCUCUACAACUACUUCGGAAGGUAGCCGAAAGCUCAGUUGAUCCGCAAUACAUCAGGUCCACCCGUAACCCAGACUCUCUGGCGCUCCUGAACCUAUUCAAGCGAGAUUACUGGAAACGAUUGUGGGUCGUACAAGAGGUCCUUCUCGGACAAGAGAAAUUGGUAUAUUGCGCACAUUCGGUGUUUCCUUGGGAAGUAUACUUGAGGGCCGCGGAAAUUUUCUGGGACCAAGAGAGCGAUCCGCAUAUCCGCCAAGGGCCAACAAGCUUCCCCCACCGCGAAACUUUGAAGCAACUUGGAGACGAGUCGCUACUACAGGUGAUGCGAACAUGCAGGAAGAAGUUAAGCGAAAAUCCACGUGACAAGGUUUUCGGCGUCCUCGGUUUGCUUUCGGACGCUACACAACGUGAUUUUCCUGUCGACUACAGCCAGUCAGUCAAGACAGUCUACACAGACGUUGUCGAUCACCUGAUCUCGACCACCGAUAAGCUCGACGUCAUUCGCGAAGCGAUACAAUUUCCUCUGCACGUCAACUCUACUGGCCUUCCAAGUUGGUGUCCUGACUGGUCUCAUAUCCCUGAGGUAUCUGGUCUAGGGAGCACGCUCAAUUUUGCAGCCUCUAGCAACGCGAACGGCGCAACCAAGGCCCAGUAUUGGUUUCACGACGAACGGCGAAAGCUCCAGAUUUCCGCAAUCAGUAUUGAUACAAUCACAGCAACAGGUGUCGCGGUGGGCACAUUCUGCGCUGCUCGAGACUAUCUAGCGGCGUUUCUACAAUGGCGCGCGAUGCUGCUGCACGAGCUCAAGGUGAAAGAGGGCGAUGACGCGCACCCAAUGCACAGCUCUUUCUGCAGGACCCUGUGUCUGGGACAGGUACCGCCAGACUGGAGUCAGUCAAAUAUGUGGCACAACCUCUGCUACCACGUCUUCGCAGCUCUGAUACGCGAAAGAAUGCCUCGCUUACCGAUGGACGAAGAUCUCAAGCGCCAUGUGGGUACGACAGGGCUCAUCGAGCCCAAGGCACGGCGCACUUUCCUGCAAGACCAUUUCGGCAACCGUAUGAUGGGACGAAGCCUGUGUAUUACAACAGGCGGCUUGAUUGGUAUGGGUUCGGGCUACAUGACAGCGAAGGAUGUUGUUGUCGUUCCGUUUGGUUGCUCCACGCCCAUUCUGCUCCGUCCAGAGGGCGGUCACAACGAGUAUAGGUACGUGGGUGACGUCUAUAUCGAUGGGUACAUGCACGGCGAAGCCCUGGCUCAAAUGGAAGCAAGGGAUCCAAGGAGAGUGGUUUCUAAGUACAUGCUCUGUUGA